CAAUCUAUUUUAGGUACUCAAUCAAUUCUCGGUCUGACUUUGACAAAUUAUAAGUGGAAAGUUGUCGAAAGGCAUAAAAAUCCAGCCUCAAGAAGAUGGAGAGUCAAUCUGAACUUCAGUCCAAUUUAGAGACUUACCAGGCCCAACUAAAACAGGUUGAGGCUGCUUUAAUGAUAGAUGAGGAUAAUGAUGAGCUGGUGAAAUUAAAAGGUGAUCUAGAGGAAGUAAUCAAUUUGACGCUGGAUCUGCUUUCUAUGAGCAAUAAGAAAAAGGAAUCAAAAUCUCAACAAACAAAACGUGCAUUCCAAGAAAAAGAGUUACAUGAAAGCGAUGAAGAAGAAAAUAAAGUUUUAGAAAGGCCAGAACAACCAUCAACAGCUGGAAUUCAACAGGAUAUUUUUGAGGAGCCCGAACCGUCAACGGCAACCGGUGAAGAGUCGUUGAAACGGACUUCGGAUGAUGCUGAUAUCGACUUUGAGGCAAUGUUUAAUUUGCCCAAAAGAGCAGCGGUCACUGAUGCGAGCGCAGCUGAAAGUCCGCAAGGAGAUGAUGUCUCGACCAAACCAAAAGACAAAAACCGACUAAGCAGAGAGGACCAAGAAAAACGGAGAGAACAGCGAAAGAAAAAACUUUUAAAGAAACAGCAAAGAUUCAAGGAAAUCGAAGAACAGAGAGAACGAGAAAAGUCAAAUUGGCAGCAGUUUGUCAAAGGACCUACAAAGGGCAAAGGAAAGUUGAAAGGUCUUAUCAAAAAAAGCAUUUUCGCAUCGCCAGAAGCAUCAACAGGAAAGGUUGGCAUAGGGACUUGUGGAAUCGGUGGAAAAGGGAUGACAAGCUACGAAAACCCAACACAAUAUAUUUAUAAAAAGUAAACAAUGCCAUAUUAACAGAGGAGUUCAUACUCUAUCAGCCAAGAGAACAUUGUCAUACUUCCAAAGCAGAUGUUAUUCAGCAGAAGCCUUUGUGACGAAGAUGGGGCUGUAAACUAGAGUUUCUACAAAGUGGAUGAAGGCUGUUGUCUAGUUGAACAUCUAUGCUAUGGGCAACAACGUCGAAUUACGCAGUUUUGUGGAUGUUUAUGUUGAUUUUCAAUAAAUUUUGCAUCAUUUAACUUAUCGUCUACUUGCGCUCUAUAAAAACCACUAAUGAAUAUUUUGCUACAUACAA